AUGCAGCUCAGAUUCACUGCUCUCAACUUCAUUUUGUGGGUUGGCUAUACUGCUGCCUGGCCAGCCUAUGAACGGUCUUUGCAUGCCGGUACUGGCGGAAUAGCUUCUGUCGGACCGAUCCUUCGUCGAGGAGCUGCACCGUAUUCCCCUCAGUACCCCUACACCGGUGCUCUUCUCGACGGUCAACCUGGCAAAGGUAUCGGUGGCAUCCAGGUUCCGGCUCCUGGAGAUACCGCUCACUAUUAUCAACACCCUCCUCCCGGUGCCCAGCGUGGUCCUUGCCCAGGCAUGAACACUCUUGCCAAUCACGGCUUCAUCUCUCGCGAUGGUUUGACAACUUUUACGGAGCUUGUUGCGGGUAUGCAAAAUGUUUGGAAUGUUCAAUGGGAACUAGCCGUUAUUCUGGCUGUUCUGGGAAUCGCCACGGAUGGAGACCCCGUCACGGAGAUGCUCUCCAUCGGGGGUGCAGUUACUCAACAGAUCGGUAAACAAGGAGAAUUCACUGGUAAUUACGGAGGAUUGGAUCAACAUAACGCAUUCGAACUCGAUGUGUCUUUGACUAGAGAUGAUUUCUAUCUGUACGGGGACGCACAUACUUUCAACUCGACUCUGUUUCAGAUGAUGGCAGAGACGGCUGCUGAGCUCCAUAAUGGGACGCCCAUCUUUGACUUCGACGCUGUUGCUCUCCAUCGUGCCCGACGAUACAACCAGUCCAUCGCUGAAAACCCAUGGAUUGUAUUCCCUCCUGGAGAGAUCCACAACUACGGUGCCGGCGUCUUUCUCUUUGAAGCAUUCCCAUCUUCUGCCAGGAACAUGACGCCGGAUUUGGAAACCGUUGGAUCGUUCUUUGGUGCUGUACCUCUUAGUAACGGAUCCUAUGGGAGUCAGCCGGAGCGCAUUCCACAGGGAUGGCACAACCGUGUCAGCCCUCUGAAUUCCAGCAUUAUUGCCAAUGGUGGGCAGGCACAAUACGAUGCCUAUCCUGUGCCGUUUGUCAUUGGGUAUGGCAACGGGUCUUUUCUCAAUAUGAGCCCCGAGACUUUGGUGGGGGGUUGCGAUACGUAUAACACUGCUAUUUCGACCGCUGAGAGUUCGCCCAAUCCCGUUGCAACUUAUGAGUUCGUGCGCCGCCAUCUUGAUCCCAUAUUUGCGUCGGAAGGUUGCCCAAACAAUGCGACUCUACCCCUUUGA